AGCCUUGGAACCAGGCAUUGCGCCCCUCCUGCGGCUGAACCGCUAGUAAACCUCGUCCCCCAACACGAAAGCAAGCACCUGUCGUACUCUUCUCCAACAUGUGUCGACCAACCAUUUGCAUCUCACGAGAGUUCGACAUUACAAGCAGCAUCCAACAUGAUCGAUAUCACUUACCCCAAAUUGCGCGAUGACUGGAGCCUCGACGUCGUCAACAUCCUAGCCUUCUUGGGCGAGCAUAACAUCAUAGCUUGCAGCCAGCAGAUCUGCAUGUCCUGGACGUGCUUCCUACCACGACUGAUACCGGCGCCUCAGGGUCUCCUCGCUCAACGACCGAAGAAACUUGAUUCUGAGGAUGAUGUGCCGGUGAAGGGCGUUCAUUCGAAUAAUGAAAGACCGGGUUUAUCGUAUAUUGGUCGAAUGUUACACACGGAUGGGUCUGAGCUACCACCAUUCACGACACGUGUAGUGAAGAUACGGUGGAAUCCCAGGAACAAAGAUGGAAAUCUCAGAAGAAUCCCACUUCAACCAAGAUUGUUCUCACCAAUGAACAUGAUUGCUAUCUUCAGCUGCGCGUUGAGCUUCGGACUGGCAGCAUGGGCUGUUGUGCUCGGGGAUGCAGUCGCGCUUACUGGUAUCCUGGUCAUGAGUUUUACGACACCUCUACUUUGUGUCGGGAUGCGUUGGAGGCCAAAGUUUCCAACUCGUAUUAGGAAAUAUCCUGGAUCACCGCCGGGUACGGUUGUCAUCAAAUCUUCAAACGGAUGCUUCACGGUUGUAGAAUGCGAUGAGGAGGUCGCGCGUCUUCUUUACUUCCAUCCUGACAACAUCGACUACGUGGUCAGCUCCUUCACGGGGCGUGGCUUGAGCGGUACCGUAGGUGGGCUUACCCUUGUGGGCUCCAUUGUACUAUUCGGUAAUGCCGUAUGGACAAUGAAAGCAGCACUUGCUGUCACAUAUACAGUCUUAAAUCUUUUGUAUUGGAUCGCCGCAAUUCUCCCGCUCCGCUUAUCGUGGCACAUCGAUCUGGAAAUCGAUCCACCACAGAUCACUGAACAUCAAACCUUUAUACCAUGUCUUUGGACAACGAUCUAUACCACGAAGAAAAUCGAUUGGGCCAAGGAAUAUGUGCCAAAGAAUGAUGUGUGGGACCAGUGGCUGGAAGAAGCACAACGUAUGGCUGAAUCCGCGCCAGGACCCGGAGAUUGGGAUGCAAGAGGAGCUAUUGCUGAACUCAUCGACAAAAAAGUCAAAGAGCAGAUGGAAGACUAAUGAGAGGGGCAGUGUUAUGUGGAAGAGCGACGGGGUUAAUUAGAUAUACAGUCCCAGAUUGAUACGGAAGUGGAAGAGAAUCAGCCUCGCGGUUUCAUUACUCGUCGCGACAGCCCAAGAGCUACUGCGACUAUAUGUAGCUCACGCUAAUAUCUUCCUGUAGGCAGGGGAGUUGGAUAGAUAUCAACAUAUUCACUAGUGCAUCUAGUGUAGGCCAAACCAAGAUUCAGGCAACACUCAGGUGCGAUACCGGAAUGAACGGUCACAUGAUCAUCAAUCUCCAUGUCUAUCUCGUAUCAAAAUCUGGAGCGGGCCUUCAUCGGCCGAUUGCAACACCCCGUCAUCGCCCGAACCCUGCCAAGACACGACCGGCGAUGCCAGA